GUCGAUUAAUUGGGCCCCGGCCGCUAUCGACCCUCUUCCAGUGCAGCCAAGAUGGCGGCCGGCAACCACGGAGGCGCGCUCGCACCCUGGGCCCGACCGGACCUGCCGCAAGCACGCGACGCUGCGAGGGCCUAGAUGUGAAAAUAAAUGUAUCGCAGCUACCUCUGCGUCGAGGUGGUGAUCCUGCUGCUCCUGUCGCACGUGGGCUGGAAUGGGCCGUCGUCGCCGCGCGUGCAGCCCUGUUCGCGGGCACAGUCACGCGUGGCGCGCCAGCUGGUGCGCCGCAAGGUGACAGCCGUGCUUCAGCGAUACCGCGUCUCGCUGGGGCCCGAGUGCCCGCUGCACCCGAGCCAUGACCUGUUCUGGUGGCCGGCCGGCCUGAUGGCGGACGAGGCGCCGACCGCCGAGCCGCAGCCGCAGCCCAGCUGGAACUGCCCCAUGUGCGGCCGCUCCUUCUUCUGCCACGAGAAGCUCACCAGCCAUUGGGACGAGGAGCACGCGCCCAACCUGCCCCCCAAGGCCGACCGGGGGGUGUGCUUGGCCGACUACUGCGACAUCCUGCGUUGCGAUGUCCUGGGUCCCCGGCUGGCGGCCGCCGAGCGAGCGUCGGCCGCUGGAUCGGCCGUCGCGACCGCCCUGCAGCCCGACAAGCCCAAGGAGGUGGCGCCUGGCGGCCGCUGCGGCGAGCCGCCCGCCGACCAUCCGCGCUGCUCCUGCGACCAGAAGCACAUGAGCGCCCUGCACCAAAAAUGCCGGAUCGUCGUACAGCAGUGCGUCAUUGGACUGCUUUCCGUUCUUUCGGUCAAGGAUUUCCAAGACAUUGAAGAUGAGCUCAACAAUAACAUCUGCUCGUACCUCACCUGCAAUAAGUACUGGGACGACUCCCUGAACGAGGAGCGACGAGUUCCAAUGCUGUUCAGCAUGAUAAUAGGAAUAAUACUCGUCGGGGGCUUUUGCCUUUGCUACUACAUUGUUUGGAUACUUUUUGAGGCGAUCCCGCUUCCGAGCCUGAGCAGCCCAUGCGACGGGGCGCCGUACGACGACGUCUACUGCAACAGCCAGGUGCGCUUCUCGAGAUUCGGACUGUCGGCCGGCGGCCGCGACGGCGGGCCCGCGCGCCAGUGCCACUGCCGGCUCGUGGGCCGACACGCGUACCACAAGCACAGCGUGGCCGCCAGCAUGCGGUGACGCCGGCAGCGGCCAGCAAGCUGCGCUGCUCACCCCUGGUAGAAACGCUUGGGAGAAGCCGCCGGAACUGGCCGCGCGACAGCCGCGGAUUGUUGCCGCACGGAGAGAGAACCGAGGCUGUCAUCUGGCUCGCUCUCUCUCUUCCCUGCUACUCCUGGACACCCUCGCACCGCCCCACUGCGAUCAGCCUGCGUGGACCGGCCCGGCGCGACCCUGUACGUGCAUGAGGAGUCCAGUUGCACUCUGCAUCCCGCAGCGCCACUGUGUUGGCGCGUUCACUUGCGAUGCAACAGUCGCUUAUUGCACACCGCGGCGUGCUUAGCCGCGCACGAGGCUUCUGGCACGGGAGCGGCGGGCAAGACUCUCGAUCCGCGGGCGCCGCAGUCGACGUGGCCGCGCGCCUCUGUCCCUGCUGGCCGCCCUGUGGCGUGCCCGCCCACAGUGCGCGCUGCCGCUCGAAGCAAACUUUCGCGUGCGUGUAACUGCGACCGCUCAAAGCGCUGAUCUAGUUUGUUUGUUUUUUUUCGAACUGUGCGAGUGCCGCGCACGCCGUCUCGGGUUGUCUCUUCGUCGCUCGGUUGGAUCUCGGUUGACCACGUGCUUCCACCGCUGCAGUAUAUGCACCGUCUUCACCUCCUCUAGGCGCAGAAAGACAAAAAAGUUUCCUUGUGCGUCGGUCCCGAUUGCACACACAUGGUGCUUUGAAAAAGACGCGCGCGGUGGGCAUGCGUCGCGCCUUAAUUGCUGUUAUCGAAGACGGUCCCCUAACGGGACAUUAAACAAUGAAGCGUGCAGCCAGUAUAGGCUGAUGGGUUGCAACUCUGUGGCAGUGCGCUCCGCAAGGAUAGCGUAACUUGCCGGCAUAACAGUUAACGGCGGCAGCGUGGUAGCCGGCAGCAGUGGGCACUAAUCGUGCCAGAAAACGAGUUACAGCUUCUUUUUUUUUUUCUGGGUUAGCUGUGAAAUGUGGAAAGUUUGGCCAGUGAAAGGGCCGGCUCUCCCAAUAUCUUCGUCAAGCUAAAAGCAACAGCACAAAAAAAUAGCGGUACAGCAAUGACAAAACACUAUUGAAACAUCUACAGCAGGGCUCUGAGUCAAGGUUUCUUCCUCUGUCUAGGACACCCUGCCCCCUGAGCAACCCUAAAUUGAAUUGCACUGGCCGAUGCUGAGAAAAUUUAUUUUAUUUAUUUCUUUGUUUGUUUCUAUCUUCCUUUAUUUCUUUAUUUCUUUCCCUAUUCCUCUCUCUGUGUCCACUUCUUUCUUUUUUCUUUGUUUCUUCCCUCCCUACCUCCCUUCUUUCUUUCUUUUUUUCUUUCUUUGGCUCGCCUCUUCCGAGUAGGUUCGCUUCUUGCACUACUGGUUUCGGACCAUCUCAUUCUGGGGAGCUUGCUUCGCCGUCUAGACAGGGAUUCAAGCCAAACGUUUUGAGCCCGUCGCGUUCUGCCGGCAGCGUUCGGUAUCCCCCACUUCGAUCCACCGCCGAGCGUAGUACAUUCCUCGGGUAGAUUAUGGGUUUGGGAAAUCCGAACGUGACUCGAGUGCUGGCUCGAGGAUUCAAGCAUAGCUCAUCGAGAACGACGCGUCGAAUUCGCCGUGAGAUACCAAAUGCAGGCACUUUCGCGUUUCGACCCAUCCAUGACCACGUAAUAGUAAUGUAUAAUUUAUGCGACGCAAUUUAGUGAUCCGCACUGCAUUUUCAGGGGCAAAAAAGAAGAAGCUGUAGCGCGAGCAUUGUUGACCCAAAGUAAUAUCAGUUACAGUACUCAAACGCCUUAUUAUGAGUCCGUCUAAAGUGGACACGCAGUCAGCUGAUAUAGCAUGGGAUGCACAUAUAUGUACACCACUCAAUGCAUUUCCUUUGCCGUCAGCCAGCAAAAUGUGCGCCAUCGCACUGCGCUUGUUUGUGACCUAUACGCCUCACAGAAAGCCUACUGAGAAUUUGGCGAUUGUGCUCUGCGUAGUACGUGUCGUUCACCCGACUCCGCGUUGUUGUAUUUACACGUUGACUUGGCCUGAACCGCCAAAAAUACGAGAUGUUGAUUUUUCUCGAUGACGUUUAUAAAAGGACAUAAAAAAGAAUUGUUGGCGUUCA